CUCGUUGUUUGCCCACUGCGACAAGUAACAGGCACUACACAAUGAAGGCCGCCCUCCUUUCCUUGCUGUUGGCCUCGCUGGCCUCGCUGGCCUCGCUGGCCUCGCUGGCCUCGGCGACGGGCGUAGCACCGCUUUUUGACUCGGACGAGAUCCUCACCCCCAAGCGCCUCAUCGCUGCCCCUCGCCCCGGGAUCGCAAGAGCGAACCCUUCGGGCGACGCCGCCAUUAUUGGCGCUCGGACCUACUCGUUCGAAGGGGACAGUUUCGACAGCGUCUUGUACCACCUCGACCUCAAAGACCCCGGCAAGGAACGGGUCAUCGUCACACGGAACGCUUCUGAUGCAUUCUGGCUCUCCGACACCCAUGUUGCCUUUGUUCGAUCCUCUGACAACCGACUUGUCGUGCACGAUCUCGCACAGGAUGACGGCGGCAAAGAGCCCGUCGAAGGAGCUACCUUUCCGGCACCGAUUGACACGAUCCAAGUGGCGCGGCACGAAGACCGUCUCACCCUCGUCUUCUCGGCCCAGGUGUAUGGUGAUGGUGACCUAUACAAGGUCAAAGAGCACGACGACUCUCAGGCUGUGGCCCAAUGGAAGCGAGUCAAGGUCUUUGACGAUGUCAUGAUCCGGCACUGGGACACCUGGCUGUACCCUGGCAAGCGCUCUCAGCUCUUCGCUGUCGACCUGGACCCGGCAGCCGAUGGGUGGAGCUUCAAGGGCGAGAUUCGCAACCUGCUCAAAGGCACUGCGCUCGAGUCGCCUGUGCCACCGUUUGGAGAUGAGGGCGACUACGACGUCAACGGCACCCACGCCGUCUGGACCGCAAGGGACCCGAGCGUGCAUGCUGCGUGGCACACGAAACAGAACAUCUAUCUUGCACCCUUGGAUGGAACUGCCGCACCCACGGAGCUCACGCAUGGCAAACACGGCGCAACCUCCUCACCUCGUUUUUCUCAAGACGGCCAGAAGAUCGUCUGGCUGCAGAUGGACAUUGACGGCUUCGAGUCCGACCGGCGAAAGAUCGCCAUAUACGAGGCAGACAAGACGCUCCAUUUGGAGGGGCAGGACUUAUCAAAGAAGCCCUUUUGGGACCUCUCGCCAACCACCGUCUCUUUCUCCCCCGACGGAAAGUCACUGCUGGGCAUCGUCGAAAAUAAGGAGCAGGAUGUCAUCUACCGUCUCGACCUCGGUCAGCAGAACAUCAGGCCGGACUUUGUCACCAAAAAGGGAGGCGCCGCUUCGUUUGAAGCCCUCGCCGAUGGCUCGCUCCUCGUGACGGCCUCUUCGAUCCGGGGGCCUUCAGAGGCUUGGCUACUCCGAAACGGCAAUGAUCAGUUCGAGAACAGCUUGGGCGCUCAACAUGGCGAAGCAAUCAAGCUGACGGACUUUGCCGAAGAGGGAGGGCUUUCCAAGCUGGACCUCGGGCCGGAGCCAGAGCAAUUUAGCUACCCCGGUAGCCGAGGACGUGAUGCACACGGCUGGAUCAUCAAGCCGCCCGGGUACGACGUCAAGAAGGCCUACCCCUUGGCUGUCUUGAUCCAUGGAGGGCCAGAAGGGAGCUGGGCCAAUAGCUGGAGCACGCGCUGGAAUCCUCUGGUAUUUGCUGCUCAGGGCUUUUUUGUCAUUACACUUGAUCCGGCGGGGAGCACAGGCUUCGGGCAAGCUUACCAGGAGGAGAUCCUCAACCACUGGGGCUCGACUCCUUUUGAAGACAUCCGACUGGGAACCAAGCACAUCCUAAAGCGCUUCAGCGAGACCCUCGAUUCGGACAGAGUCGUCGCCGCCGGAGCCUCGUACGGCGGCUACAUGAUCAACUGGAUCAAUGGGCACAACGAAGACGGACUCUUCAAGGGCCUUGUAUGCCAUGAUGGCGUCUUUUCCACCUUGUCCACCUGGUACUCGACCGAUGAGCUCUACUUCCCCGAGCAUGAAUUCGGUGGGGUACCCUGGGAGAAUGAUCACGGUUACCAGCGAUUCAGCCCGGAACGAUUCGUUUCGCAAUGGCACACGCCCCAGCUCAUCGUUGCCGGCGGGCAGGAUUUCAGGCUGCCUGAGACCGAGGGGAUUUCGGCUUUCAAUGCGCUCAAGCGCAGAGGCGUGGACGCAAGGCUCGUCUAUUUCCCAGAUGAAAAUCACUGGGUCCGCAUGCCCAAGAACAGCCUCAAAUGGCACGAAGAGGUGCUCGGUUGGCUGAUCAAGUACUCGUCCGCCAAGGAGGUUGAGACUCCACUCUUUGUCAACCAGGGAAGGGUCCCAUGAACAAUUUUCUAAGGAGCUGAUUGAUUCGUUGGAGUACUGUACUUGUACUUCCAAAGGAAUGAGAAUGACGCUCCCAAUUCGAGCUCUAGUGUCUAUAAGCGGAGAGGAACGGAAAAGAACAACAAUGACUGGGGUACG